AAUAUAAAACCAGCUCAGCUCUCUGUUUUCAUCCGCCUCCCAAAAAAACACAAACCCCCUUUUCAAAAUGAGCUACCAGAGAGUUCCACCGGAGGCUUAUCCUCCGCCAGGGUACGGUUCUGCGUAUCCUCCGCCUGGGUACCCUUCGGCGCCGCCUCCGCCGCCGUACGAAGGGUAUCCUCCACCGCCGCCGCCGUCGGGGUAUCCAGCGUACCCUCCUCCGCUGCCGCCGCGGCCGCCGUAUGAAGGGUACCAGGGGUACUUCAGCCAAGGGGCGCUGCCACCUCCACACCCACCUCAGCCGUAUCAGGUCUAUCACUGCGAGCAUCACCAAUAUCAUGAUCGCUUUGGGUGUGGCUCCUUCCUGCAAGGAUGUUUGGCUGCGCUUUGUUGCUGCUGUGUGUUGGAGGAAUGCUGCUUCUAAACCGGUUUGAUGGCAUUCAUCAUGAUGGAUGGGCUCUGGUAAUUCUUGUUCUGUAUACCUUGUGUCCUAUUAUUGUUAAAGGGGGUUCUGCAACAUGUUAAUUGUGUAAAGAAGCUAUUGACAUUAUUGGUACAGUCCUAAAGUUCUAUCUUAAAUAUUCCUCCUUGUAUUUUGUGUGGUUUUCUUCAAUUUUAAGUUAGAUUAUUAAGGGCA